UUUUCGCAACAUAAAUUACGCCAACAGAAUCGUUUCGGAAUCGGCUUUGGUUUAUGGAGAAAGUAUUUCAAAAGGAAAUUAAAACACACCGAUCAGUUCAUUCCAGAUAGCUAUGUGGACUAUCGGCCAUUCUUUACUUAUUGGGUGACUUCAGUGCAAAUGCUGGUCACAGUCGUUUCUUUACUUAUCUUUGGCUUCGGUCCAUACGGUUUCGGACGCAUAGAACGAACGGCUGAUGUAUUGCAUUCUAGUAUAACUCUUAAACACGUUAGCAUUUACGAGCAAGGGAAUUUUUGGCUGGGACCGAGUUUUAUGAACCUAGUUCAUCUUGGUGCAAAGUUUUCGCCAUGUAUGCGGCAUGAUAAGCGUAUAUAUGCUCAAAUAAAACUUGACCGUGAUCUUGAGAGAGAGACAGGUUGUUGCAUUUAUAAUGAUGGUACUGGAUGCUUUCAAACAAGCUAUAAUACAUGUCCGUUUUUAUCAUUUUUUAGAGCGAACUUCUGGUGCUGUUUGUGGACAAGACCCGAGGUCUUUCUAUUUAUAUAUUGCGACCGUCCAUCGUCAGUUGAUCCUUUCGAAUGGCCUGAUGAUAUCACUGAGUGGCCCAUUUGUCGGACUUCUGCGGCCUUUAUUCCUGAGAAUCAAAAACAUUUGCUGUGUGAAGUUACUGGUCGACCAUGUUGCAUUCAACUUCAUGGACAGUGUCGAAUAACGACUCGAGAUUAUUGCGACUUUGUACAAGGUUUUUUCCAUGAAAAUGCUACACUUUGCUCGCAGGUAUCCUGUCUUGGAGAUGUCUGUGGGAUGCUACCGUUUUUGGACAGUAGGAAACCAGAUCAGUUCUAUCGUUUAUUUAUUCCGCUUUUCUUGCAUGCUGGCAUCUUCCACUGUGUGUUUACGAUAAUAAUUCAGUGGCACUAUAUGAGGGACUUAGAAAAGCUUAUUGGUUGGGCGAGAAUGGCUAUUUUAUAUAUUGGAUCAGGUGUAGCCGGUAAUUUAGCGAGUGCUAUUUUUGUUCCUUACAAGCCUGAAGUUGGACCUGCUGGAUCACACAUAGGUAUCUUUGCUGCUAUGUACACUGAUGUAGUAUAUAACUGGGCUAUAAUAGCUGAACCAUGGAAAGCCAUUAGAGAAUUGAAUAUUUUCAUGUUUUUUUUAUUUAUUAGUGGUGUUUUACCAUGGAUUGAUAAUUGGGCUCAUUUGUUUGGAUUUAUUUUUGGUCUUCUUUUGUCCUUAGCGACUUUUCCUUAUAUACAGCGAGGCAAAAAUGUUAGCAGUUGGAGAUUAAUGAUAGUGGUUACCACACUUACUUCAGCCUCCGGUCUAUUUAUCUUAAUGCUAUUCAUAUUUUAUGGCUUAUCUGAUUUUGACUGCCCUUACUGCGAAUAUUUCAACUGUAUUCCAUUCUCACCUCAUUUUUGCGAUAAUCAAGGACUUAGAUUACAGAGCUGGUUGCCAAUUUGA